AUGCGUCUGUCAGGCCUUCAAAAGGAGGUUCUCGGCCUGUAUCGGCAAUGUCUUCGAGAAUGCCGAAAGAAGCCCCAGGCAACCCGGCAGCAUUUCCAAGUGUUUGCCAGAAGUGAGUUCGACAAAAACAUCAAGGUCGACAAGAGAGAUUUUGCCGCCAUUGAGUUCUUGCUGCGAAAAGGCCGCCGACAGCUAGAGAUAUACUCGUCGCCGGGUGUCAAGGACAUCAGAUGA